GUUAGCAGUUAGCAGUUAGCUAGUUGGUUCAGCUGCGCUCAGUGUUUUUUCGUGUUCGAGCUGUGCGUGUGAACUGUGAUACGGUGAUAUUGUAAUAUUGGGCAAUUGCAAUUGGAAACUCGAUUCGAAUUUUUGUUAAUUUUAUUAAAACGAAAGUGCGCUCGUGGAAUCAUUAAACAGCAUUUGAGCAGGGAACGUAAGCAGUCGCCAAGAUGGGGGACAUGUUCCGUAGUGAGGAGAUGGCACUAUGCCAGAUGUUCAUUCAGCCGGAGGCCGCGUACACCUCCGUAUCUGAGCUGGGCGAAACCGGCUGCGUGCAGUUCCGCGACUUGAAUGUGAACGUGAACGCUUUCCAGCGGAAGUUCGUUACCGAGGUGCGGCGAUGCGAUGAGCUGGAGCGCAAGAUCCGCUACAUCGAGACGGAGAUCAAGAAGGACGGCAUCGUCCUGCCCGAUAUCCAGGAUGAUAUUCCGCGUGCCCCCAAUCCACGUGAGAUCAUCGACCUGGAGGCUCACCUGGAGAAGACCGAGUCGGAGAUGAUCGAGCUGGCUCAGAACGAGGUGAACAUGAAGUCCAACUAUCUGGAGCUCACCGAACUGCGCAAGGUGUUGGAGAACACGCAGGGCUUUUUCUCCGACCAGGAGGUGCUCAACCUGGACUCCUCUAACCGAGCUGGAGGAGAUGAGGCCACCGCUCAGCAUCGCGGCAGGCUUGGAUUUGUGGCCGGCGUGAUCAACCGCGAGCGUGUGUUCGCCUUUGAGCGGAUGCUGUGGCGCAUCUCCAGGGGAAAUGUCUUCCUCAAGCGCUCCGAUUUGGACGAGCCUCUGAACGAUCCAGCCACCGGUCAUCCCAUCUACAAGACCGUCUUCGUGGCCUUCUUCCAGGGUGAGCAGCUGAAGAACCGCAUCAAGAAGGUGUGCACCGGCUUCCACGCCUCUCUGUAUCCCUGUCCAAGUUCGCACAACGAGCGCGAGGAGAUGGUGCGCAACGUGCGCACUCGCUUGGAGGAUCUGAAACUGGUUCUCAGCCAGACGGAGGAUCACCGCAGCCGCGUCCUAGCCACCGUGUCCAAGAAUCUGCCCUCGUGGUCAAUUAUGGUCAAGAAGAUGAAGGCUAUCUACCACACGCUGAAUCUGUUCAACAUGGAUGUGACUAAGAAGUGUCUGAUUGGAGAGUGCUGGGUGCCCACCAAGGACUUGCCUGUCGUCCAGAAAGCUCUGUCCGAUGGAUCUGCUGCCGUGGGCAGCACCAUCCCAUCGUUCCUCAACGUGAUCGACACCAACGAACAACCGCCGACUUUCAACCGGACCAACAAGUUUACCCGUGGUUUCCAGAAUCUGAUCGAUGCCUACGGAGUGGCCUCGUACAGGGAGUGCAAUCCCGCCCUGUACACAUGCAUCACGUUCCCCUUCCUGUUCGCCGUGAUGUUCGGCGAUUUGGGCCACGGUCUGAUUCUGGUCCUUUUCGGAGCCUGGAUGGUGCUCUGCGAACGCAAGUUGGCACGCAUCCGCAACGGUGGUGAGAUCUGGAACAUCUUCUUCGGCGGUCGCUACAUCAUUCUGCUGAUGGGUCUGUUUGCCAUGUACACUGGUUUGGUCUACAACGACGUGUUCUCCAAGUCUAUGAACCUGUUUGGAUCGCGUUGGUUCAAUAACUACAACACGACCACUGUGCUGACCAAUCCGUCUCUGCAAUUGCCGCCCAACAGCUCCGCCAUUGGCGUCUAUCCCUUCGGAAUGGAUCCUGUGUGGCAGCUGGCCGACAACAAGAUUAUCUUCCUUAACAGCUUCAAGAUGAAGCUCUCGAUCAUCUUCGGUGUGCUGCACAUGGUCUUCGGCGUGUGCAUGUCAGUCGUAAACUUCACCCACUUCAAGCGCUACGCCUCCAUUUUCCUGGAGUUCGUGCCCCAGAUCCUCUUCCUGCUGCUGCUCUUCGGCUACAUGGUUUUCAUGAUGUUCUUCAAGUGGUUCAGCUAUAAUGCCAGGACGAGCUUCCAGCCAGAGACUCCCGGCUGCGCUCCCUCAGUGCUGAUCAUGUUCAUCAACAUGAUGCUGUUCAAGAACACACCGCCGCCCAAGGGAUGCAACGAGUUCAUGUUCGAGUCCCAGCCCCAGUUGCAGAAGACCUUUGUGCUCAUCGCCCUGUGCUGCAUUCCCUGGAUGCUGUUGGGCAAGCCCCUGUACAUCAAGUUCACCCGCAAAAACAACGCUCAUGCUAAGCACAAUGGUCAGUUGACCGGCAACAUUGAGCUGGCCGAAGGCGAAACCCCUCUGCCCACGGGCUUCUCUGGAAACGAAGAGAACGCUGGAGGUGCCCAUGGCCACGAAGAUGAGCCCAUGAGCGAGAUCUACAUCCACCAGGCGAUCCACACCAUCGAAUACGUGCUCAGUACCAUUUCGCACACGGCCUCCUAUCUUCGUCUCUGGGCUUUGUCCCUGGCUCACGCCCAGCUCUCCGAGGUGCUGUGGCAAAUGGUCUUGUCCCUGGGCCUGAAAAUGUCCGGCGUGGGCGGCGCCAUCGGCCUGUUCAUCAUCUUCGGCGCCUGGUGCCUCUUCACCCUGGCCAUCCUGGUCCUCAUGGAGGGCCUGUCCGCUUUCCUGCACACACUGCGUCUGCACUGGGUGGAGUUCAUGAGCAAGUUCUACGAGGGAAUGGGCUACGCCUUCCAGCCCUUCAGUUUCAAGGCUAUCCUCGAUGGCGAGGAGGAGGAGUAGAUCCAACCGAAUGUGCUCAAACUAGGGCGAAGUGUAUACAAUUAUCAGCAACCUUUGUUUACUCCCAGCCCAAACUAUUUUGAUUGUUUGUUAAAUGUUUUUGUUUUGUUUAAUUUUUGCGGAUAUUGUCAGUAUUGUGGUGCUCUUCCCACAUUUUUUGUACCCUCCGUUUUGUAUUCCAUCUGUUUUAAAAGUAUUCCUCAUUUGAGUUGUGCCUAGUAUUCUCAAAAACUGUUUCAAAAGCAAUAAUUUGAUAUUCAUUGUUAUAAUAAUACAUACUUAUACAAAUAUUAAAUGUAAUAAAUAUACUGCAAAGAAGAGAACAGCAAA